UUUCAGUGGAAAGCAUAUCAAUGUCACAAAUACGGUGAAAUCGUCAUUUUGCCCUGAAAGCAUGGAGAUCGUUUCAAUGCCCUACAAUGCUGAACUCGGGCUCUACGAAAACGAGGUGGAAGGACGCACGUCGGAAUCGGAGUGGAUGGACGAUGAUGAUGAAUGGAGACAAAGGUGUAACGAAAACUGGAGCGACGAGUCGUGUCGCGCUCUUGCUUGUUCAAAGCCCGGACGAGCACUCAUCGCCGCGUUCGCCAUGCUCUUCCUCGUCUUCACUUACCUCGGAUUUAUGAUUCUUACAGCAAAUCGAGCGUCUUCUAUAAUGGACAUCGGUGAUCCAGCACCGAGAACAGGGGUCAAUACUACUAGGGCGAUAGAAGUGCUCACGGAACUAUGUGACGCUUUCCAAGACGGUUUAGUAUCUGGAGAUCUGUGUAAUAGGUUGUGUUACUAUAGGGACUGGAAAGUGACCGAUUACUAUGAAGGACAUAAGGUUGUGUUGGUACUGAAAGAUGGCGGACAAACAGCCGUGCUGAAAAGUAUUCAUCCUUCAAUGAGUGAUUUUUCUCGGCUUGAUCGAAAACUUUCGUACGAUGAAUUUUCGGACAAGGUACUAGCGCUGAUAAAUGACGAAUUACGUCUCGGUUGGCCGCGUCACUAUAAAAAGCAUUUGAUGGAAACUCUCUGGCCUACGCUGAGACGAACUCCGGGUGAACAAAUGUCUGUAGUCGAUCGAGAGUCUUUGUGGACAUUAUUGCAACAACCAGAGUUCAUCUUGUUCCGUGUUCUGCCGUUGACUCGGGUAACCCCAAAGAUUAUCGGUACAUGUGGUCAAUUUUACUCUAGUGAAGCUCUUGUUGCAUUCCGAAUGAAGGGGUAUUACAUGAAUCUCAAGGGGAAAAUUCUUGUGCACAUUAUGGGUACUCUCAAAUUGUUCCACGAGUUCAUCAAUGAGCCUCUGCAGUGGUGCGAUGUACGAUUUGACAAUCUGGGGCUAUCAGCUGAUUAUCCAAAAAGAUUUGUUCUGAUGGAUGGCGACAUGGUGUAUACUGAAUCUCGGCUUCGUGCUAUUCUCAAAGGACGACCAUGCAGCACUGAUGCUGACUGCAGAAUAGGCGACUGCAAGGCGCGAUGUACUUCUGCAAUGACCUGCUCGGAAAGGACGGAUACAAAUCUUGAGGUUUUCUGUGAGAAGUUGGUCCGGAAAUUGUUUGGUCACACGUACUCGACGCAUAACAAGUACCUAGCAGCAUGUCAAGAAACCAAUGGGAACAUCACACAACGGCUCAACGAGCUGCGGCUCACCUGGUCUUGGAAUCUCUCCGAUGUCUAGCGCUAUAAAUCGGGUAACAUAUCGUCGAAAGCGGUUCCUAACUACCUGAAUGUGCAUAGACCUCUUCCCUAAUAUUGUUUUAAUAUAUUGUCAUCAAAGUCAUUGCCGCUCUCAUGAAAGCCAUUCAUUUGCAUGUCUUGAGCAAAGGUUUUCCAUAUCCACGGGUAUCUCUUCUACUUUUGUGCUCCCAAAGAACGUUAGAUUCGCUAUAUUGUUGUUGUUGUCUAGAUAUUCGUUAUAUAUUGUUCCCCCGUUACGGGUGUUAUCCUCUCUUCGGGAUUACUGCAUUAGCACUUAGAUAGUUUUUCAGAUUCUAUACAGUUUAGGAAACUUUCCCUGUCAAAUCUCCUUGCCUUGACACUAUGGAUCCAUUGGUGUGUGUGUGUUUAUGUUAGCUCAUUAUAGAAAUUCUUACCAAGAGAAGCAUCAGGUACUUCCCCUUCCUUGUAAUCAUUUUUAUCUCCUAAUCAGAACUUACUAUGAAAAGCUCACUAAAAGAAUGCGAUACUCUCAAGUGAUAAAUUGU